UCUUCUUACAGCUGAGCCGAUAGUCUUGUUGCAGCUCACAAAAGUUCCCUCAAUUUCUCCACAAAGACUAAAGAUAAGUCCUGUCAUAUGUGUUCCUCUGUUAAAGACUGAAAAGAAUAAGAAGAAGGAGGAGGCCGUGUGAGGAGAAGAGCAGAGCAGUCAACAGUAGCAGCAGGACUCCUGGAAACUCUACUCCUCUGGGGGACCCUGCUCUCACAUGAUGGAGAAGGCUGCACUGGAUUCCAGUGAGGAGAGAAACUGGCUGGGAGAUGGCCAGGCUGAAGUGCAGCUUGCAGCCAAUCCUGAUACAACAGAGCCAGAUGAUGGAGAUCGGCCUGCCUGGGAUUCUAAGAUCCAGUAUGUUUUGGCUCAGGUCGGCUUCAGUGUGGGCUUAGGGAAUGUCUGGAGGUUUCCAUACCUUUGCCACCAAAAUGGAGGAGGGGCCUUCAUGCUCUUGUAUGUUUUUCUUUUACUGAUUGUGGGAGUCCCUCUGUUUUUUAUGGAGCUGGCUGCUGGCCAAAGCAUUCGACAGGGAAGCAUCGGCGUAUGGAAGCACAUCUCCCCGAAGCUGGUGGGGAUUGGUUACUCCAGCUGUGUGGUUUGUUUUUAUGUGGCUCUUUACUACAAUGUCAUCAUUGCAUGGAGCCUUUUUUACUUGGGAAAUUCCUUCCAGUAUCCUUUGCCGUGGGAACAGUGUCCUAUUGAUGUAGCCACCAAUGACACAGUGAAGGAGUGUGCAAGUAGCUCCCCAACACCCUAUUUCUGGUUCAGGAAAGCGCUGAACAUCACCAACUCUAUAGAGGAGUCUGGAGAGUUUAACCCCAUCAUGACAGGCUGCUUGUUGGCUGCUUGGGCCAUCGUAUCGCUGGCUAUGAUCAAGGGCAUCAAGUCCUCUGCAAGGGUGAUGUACUUUUCUUCAGUUUUUCCCUAUGUGGUGCUCUUCAUUUUCCUCAUUAGAGGGAUGCUGUUGGAUGGAGCCAUGGAUGGAAUCACAUACAUGUUUUAUCCUAAACUGGAAAUUUGGGGCAACGUACAGGUGUGGCGACAGGCAGCUACACAGGUGUUCUUCGCAUUGGGUCUGGGGUACGGCUCUGUUAUCGCCUAUUCCUCCUACAAUCCGGUCAACAACAACUGCCACAGGGACGCCCUGAUGGUCUCGUGUAUCAACUUUAUGACAUCUGUGCUGGCCUCACUCGUGGUUUUCGUGGUGCUGGGUUUCCGAGCCAAGACCAUUGCCUUGCAAUGCAUUGCUGAAAACCUUGGUGUGUUGAAUAUGAUGUAUUCCAAUGAACCCAGGCAGCAGGGGUGGCCUUCCUUCAAUGUUACAGAUCCAAGCUCUGUGUCUGUUCCUGAAUACAGACAGUGGUACACUGAGUACGGCUCCAUGUUUAAUAACAUCACUGACUGCAAUUUGGAGGAGGAAAUGAACAAGGGCGUGGAAGGGACCGGCCUGGCAUUCAUAGCAUUCACUGAGGUGAUGGCGCUCUUCCCGGCCAGCCCCUUCUGGUCCACGCUGUUUUUCCUGAUGCUCCUCAACCUGGGCCUGAGCACCAUGUUUGGGACCAUGCAGGGAAUCCUCACGCCUCUCAUGGACAACUUUAAGCUCUUGGGGCGCCAUCGAACCCUCCUCACAGUGUUCAGCUGCGUUUUGGGGUUCAUCAUCGGAUUAUUGUUCACCCAACGAUCCGGAAAUUAUUUUGUGACAAUGUUUGACGACUAUUCUGCAACCCUUCCACUCGUCAUCGUUGUAAUUUUCGAAACAAUCAGUGUGGCGUGGGUUUAUGGCACAGAUCGUUUCCUGGAUGAUAUUGAAAUCAUGCUCAAGUGGCGCCCUCCAGUGGUUUACAAAUAUCUCUGGAAAUAUGUGUGUUUGCUGGCCAUGAUUGGUCUUCUUGCUGCCAGUUUACUGCGAAUGGUUUUCAAGCGACCCACAUACACUGCCUGGAAUCAAACAGCAGCUUCAGAGAUGACUCUUGAGUACCCAAGCUGGGCCCUGGCUAUGAUUGUCAUGCUCAUAGUGUUCGCCAGCCUCCCUGUGCCUGUCGGCUACAUCCAUUCCAUGCUUAAAAGCCGCACCGCCCUUGACGUUCCUCCUCAGGAGGGCCCUGGCCCAGAGGUGCACCGCGAACUGUAUACCAAAUGCAACUCCAACGAUCAGCUGGACUCCAACUCUCAUCCGGUAUCCUGUGAAGAAGAUGGGGUUCCUCCCAGGACUUCCUUUCUGCUGGUGGGCAAUGAGCAAUACAGGCUCUUGCCCCAGCAGGAGGAGGAGGGGGAAGAGGGAGAGGAAGAGGAGCAAGACACAGGGGUCUGAGGAUGAUAUUUGGGCCGAUAAAAAUUUGAACUGUGAUGAGGAAAAGCAAGAGGAGGGAAAGAAAACAACAGUAUAGACUAAAGUGAAAACAGUCAGUUACAGCAUUUUUUAUUUUUCAUUUUUUUAUCAGAGCAAUUAUCUCGGUUUGCACCAUAAUAUUCCCCAACACUAGUGUUAAUAAGCCUAAAUCGUUGAAGUAUUUAUAUCAAAUCCAACUCCUCUGUUUGGCUUCCUACCUCCACUUUCUGAACUUUGCAUAAGCUACCUGAAAAGGGACAUGCAACUGGUUGUACUACCUUCAUAACUAAGCUGCUGGUGAUGAAUCAGGCCACCAGUCCGCUAAGAGGAGGAUCUUUUUAGAUAAAAAUUAAUUUGCCAAAGCAACUAUACUUUUAAGAAACUGUGAUGUAUUUGCAUGUCUGCGUGUAAAAGUGGUGUGAAUGUGCGCGUUUUUGUGAUUAGUGAUAUGAAAUUGGAGCAACUGAAAGAUGGAGCUUAGCAUUCUAAUGUCUUCACAAGACAACAUAUCAGGCACCAUCCUGUCUUUGCUUUUAUUUGUCUUAUUUUAGGGUUGACUCAUUAUUUCUCUUAGGGGAGCUUUUAUCUUUUGUUGUUUCACACAUUUUAAGGUUGGCGGCUUGUUUCUACACUACACUGUCCUGUUUGUUACUGUGGAGUGUUGUUUGCUGGGUAAUACGUAAUCAAGAUGACCAACAAAGAAACCACAAGUUCAACCCUUUUCAAAAGAUAUAAAUAACUAAAGUCAUUUGUUUUACUUUGUUGUGAACUGAGUAUGAGAAAAAUGAAAUAAAUAUUCUUAAUUUUAAAGGUUGAAAUUAUGGCAAAAACAUACUUAAAUGGUAACUAAUUAAAGAAAAAAAUUAAAGGAUCAGUAUUGAAUUAUUCAAUGAUGAGGAAAUAAGCCAUUUUAAACCAAAAAUAGAUUAGAAAGAUUUUUUGUGU